AUGUGGCGGUGCGUGUCGCGUGGCAUCCGCAUUCCCUCGAAGAAUUCUACAGCUGGCGACUCCCUCCGCCGUCUCUUUUCGACCCAAUCAAAUGUGGGAGGGUCAUCAUACACAGUGGUGGAUCAUACUUAUGACGCUGUUGUGGUAGGUGCAGGCGGUGCUGGUCUGAGAGCCGCGAUAGGGUUGUCGGAGCAUGGUUUCAACACAGCUUGCAUUACCAAGCUGUUUCCUACACGGUCGCAUACAGUUGCAGCUCAGGGUGGAAUAAAUGCUGCAUUAGGAAAUAUGACAGAAGAUGAUUGGAGGUGGCACAUGUAUGAUACAGUCAAGGGAAGCGACUGGCUAGGUGAUCAGGAUGCCAUUCAGUACAUGUGUAGGGAAGCUCCAAAAGCAGUUAUAGAGCUUGAAAAUUAUGGGCUACCAUUCUCCAGGACUGAAGAUGGGAAGAUUUAUCAGCGUGCAUUUGGUGGUCAAAGCCUAAACUUUGGAAAAGGUGGACAAGCAUAUCGUUGUGCAUGUGCUGCAGAUCGAACUGGGCAUGCUUUGUUGCAUGCUCUUUAUGGCCAGGCUAUGAAACACAAUACCCAAUUUUUUGUGGAAUACUUUGCUCUGGAUUUACUUAUGGGUAGUGAUGGUAGCUGUCAAGGUGUAAUUGCCUUAAAUAUGGAGGAUGGGACAUUACACAGGUUCCGUGCGGCCUCAACAAUUCUGGCUACAGGGGGUUAUGGUAGGGCAUACUUCUCUGCUACCUCUGCUCACACUUGCACCGGAGAUGGCAAUGCUAUGGUUGCUCGAGCUGGGCUGCCACUCGAGGAUCUGGAGUUUGUCCAGUUUCAUCCAACUGGCAUAUAUGGUGCAGGCUGUCUCAUUACUGAAGGGUCCAGGGGUGAAGGUGGUAUUCUUAGGAAUAGUGAAGGUGAAAGAUUCAUGGAACGGUAUGCCCCAACAGCUAAGGAUCUUGCAUCAAGAGACGUUGUUUCGAGAUCUAUGACAAUGGAGAUCCGAGAAGGGCGUGGUGUAGGACCAUUGAAAGAUCAUAUCUAUCUUCACUUAAAUCACUUACCUCCUGAGGUCCUCAAGGAGAGACUUCCUGGUAUAUCUGAAACUGCUGCUAUUUUUGCCGGUGUCGAUGUUACAAAAGAACCAAUCCCUGUUUUACCUACUGUCCAUUAUAACAUGGGUGGAAUCCCCACAAAUCACCAUGGAGAGGUAGUUACCAUCAAAGGUGAUGAUCCUGAUGCAGUGACUCCUGGACUCUUAGCUGCUGGGGAAGCUGCCUGUGCAUCUGUUCAUGGAGCUAAUCGACUUGGUGCAAAUUCCCUUCUUGAUAUUGUUGUGUUUGGACGUGCUUGUGCAAACAGGGUUGCUGAGAUCCGUAGACCAGGAGAGAGUCAAAAACCGCUUGAAAAGGAUGCUGGAGAGAGGAGUAUUGCACGGUUGGACAAGCUUCGGAAUUCAAAUGGUUCCCUUCCCACCUCAAAUAUCCGGUUGAACAUGCAACGGAUUAUGCAAAACAAUGCUGCUGUGUUUCGCACUCAGGAAACAUUAGAAGAAGGUUGUCAGUUGAUUGAUAAAGCAUGGGAGAGCUUCCAUGAUGUCAAGUUGAAGGACAGAAGCUUGAUAUGGAACUCAGAUUUGAUAGAGACUAUUGAGUUGGAAAACCUUUUAAUCAAUGCAUGUAUCACCAUGCACUCUGCUGAAGCGAGGAAGGAAAGUAGAGGAGCCCAUGCGCGUGAAGAUUUUACGAAAAGAGAUGAUGAAAACUGGAUGAAACACACUUUGGGAUAUUGGGAGAAUGAAAAAGUUAAGCUUGCUUACAGGGCAGUUCAUAUGAACACGCUGGAUGAUGAAAUUGAGGAAAACUUGCUGGCCCAAGAAAUUGAUUUUUCUAAUAAUGAAGGGGCCUCGGAAGUUCUGUUUUAUGUUGCUGUAGGAAAAAUAAAACAUACUUGGUUGCCUGUUUAUGUUCACAAUUGCGUGAGUUUAAUUGUUUUUAUGCUUGGAAAAAUAAUCAAUCCGCAGUAG